CCUCUGUCUGUGUGUGAGUGCAGGCAGGCUGACAAUGAUUUCCUCAGUGAUUACGUACAGAGCGAGUCCCUGCGGGUUAGGGGCCCCCUCUGGAGCCAUCCUGAUGGCUUUGGGGGCCUUGCUUCCAUUUUCCAUUAUUAUGUGGACUACCGGAGCGACAGCGCAGUCCAAGACCUUGCAGUAGAAGAAAAUGAAACGGAGGACCAGCAGGCGGGUGUGGGACAGAUAGCCGCACAGACUGAUGCUAACUGUAAACUAGAAGACAAGGCAGAAGAUGGAGAGGUGAUAGAUUGUAAGAAAAGGCCAGAAGAAGGGGAGGAGUUAGAGGAAGAAGCUGUGCACAGCUGUGACAGCUGCCUCCAGGUGUUUGAAUCACUGAGUGAUAUCACAGAACACAAGAUUAAUCAAUGUCAACUGACAGAUGGAGUGGAUAUUGAGGAUGACCCCACUUGCUCAUGGCCAGCUUCAUCACCUUCCAGCAAAGACCAGACUUCACCAAGCCAUGGAGAAGGUUGUGAUUUUGGUGAGGAAGAGGGUGGCCCAGGAUUGCCUUAUCCGUGCCAGUUCUGUGACAAGUCAUUCAGUCGGCUCAGCUACUUAAAACAUCAUGAGCAGAGUCACAGCGACAAGCUCCCUUUCAAAUGCACAUAUUGCAGUCGCCUCUUCAAACACAAGCGGAGCAGAGAUCGCCAUAUAAAGCUUCACACGGGAGACAAGAAGUAUCACUGCAGUGAAUGUGAUGCGGCAUUUUCAAGGAGUGAUCACCUUAAAAUUCACUUAAAGACUCAUACAUCCAACAAGCCAUAUAAAUGUGCCAUUUGUAGACGUGGAUUCCUUUCAUCUAGUUCACUGCAUGGUCACAUGCAGGUUCAUGAAAGAAACAAGGAUGGUUCUCAGUCUGCCUCCAGGAUGGAGGAGUGGAAAAUGAAAGACACUCAGAAAUGCAGUCAGUGUGAAGAAGGCUUUGAUUUCCCUGAAGAUCUUCAGAAACACAUAGCAGAAUGCCACCCCGAGUGUUCCCCUAAUGAAGACAGGGCUGCUCUUCAAUGUGUUUAUUGCCAUGAACUCUUUGUAGAGGAAAGUUCUCUUGUAAAUCACAUGGAGCAAGCUCAUAAUGGUGAAAAGAAGAAUUCAUGCAGCAUUUGCUCAGAGAACUUCCAUACCGUGGAAGAACUGUACAGCCACAUGGAUAGUCACCAGCAGCCCGAAUCAUGCAAUCAUAGCAACAGCCCUUCUUUGGUAACUGUUGGCUAUACCUCAGUAUCUAGCACCACUCCAGAUUCAAACCUCUCGGUGGAUAGUUCAACAAUGGUAGAAACGGCUCCCCCAAUAACAAAGGGUCGUGGAAGAAAGCGGGCAGCCCAACAAGUACCAGAUAUCACUGGUCCUUCGAAUAAGCAAGCAAAAGUUACCUAUAGCUGCAUUUAUUGCAACAAACAGUUAUUUUCAAGCCUUGCAGUUCUGCAGAUACACCUGAAAACUAUGCAUUUAGAUAAACCUGAACAAGCGCAUAUCUGUCAGUAUUGUUUGGAGGUGUUACCUUCACUUUAUAAUCUGAAUGAACAUCUUAAGCAAGUUCAUGAAGCUCCAGACCCAGCACUGAUUGUUUCUACCAUGCCUGCCAUGGUCUACCAGUGCAACUUCUGCUCUGAAGUAUUUAAUGACCUCAACACUCUUCAGGAACAUAUCCGAUGUUCUCAUGGGUUUGCAAACCCUGCUGCUAAAGACAGUAAUGCAUUCUUUUGUCCCCAUUGCUACAUGGGAUUUCUUACUGAUUCUUCUUUGGAAGAGCAUAUUAGACAAGUCCAUUGUGAUCUUAGCAGUUCCCGUUUUGGUUCCCCUGUACUUGGAACCCCAAAAGAUCCAGUAGUAGAAGUAUAUUCCUGUUCCUACUGUACUAAUUCUCCAAUAUUUAACAGUGUCCUUAAAUUGAACAAGCAUAUCAAGGAGAACCAUAAGAACAUUCCUUUGGCAUUGAAUUACAUCCACAAUGGAAAGAAAUCUAGAGCCUUGAGCCCCUUAUCUCCUGUAACUAUUGAGCAAACUUCCUUAAAGAUGAUGCAAGCUGUAGGUGGUGCUCCUCCACGUCCUGCAGGUGAAUAUGUCUGUAAUCAAUGUGGUGCUAAGUAUACGUCUCUGGAUGGUUUUCAGACUCAUUUAAAAACCCACCUUGACACUGUCCUGCCAAAACUGACCUGCCCUCAGUGCAACAAGGAGUUUCCAAACCAAGAGUCGCUGCUGAAGCAUGUUACAAUUCAUUUCAUGAUAACUUCUACAUACUAUAUCUGUGAAAGCUGUGACAAGCAGUUUACUUCAGUGGAUGACUUGCAAAAACACCUGCUUGACAUGCAUACGUUUGUAUUCUUCCGCUGCACCUUGUGUCAAGAGGUUUUUGACUCCAAAGUCUCCAUUCAACUACACCUGGCUGUGAAGCACAGCAAUGAAAAGAAGGUAUACAGGUGCACAUCUUGUAACUGGGACUUCCGUAAUGAAACUGACCUACAGCUUCAUGUUAAACACAAUCACCUGGAGAAUCAAGGGAAAGUGCACAAGUGCAUUUUCUGUGGCGAGUCGUUCGGUACAGAGGUGGAGCUUCAGUGCCACAUUACUACACAUAGCAAAAAAUACAACUGCAAAUUCUGCAGCAAAGCUUUUCAUGCUAUUAUAUUGCUAGAGAAACACUUGAGGGAAAAACACUGUGUUUUUGAAACUAAAACUCCAAACUGUGGAACAAAUGGAGCAUCGGAGCAAGUUCAGAAAGAAGAAGUGGAGCUCCAGACCUUGUUGACAAAUAGCCAGGAGUCACAUAAUAGCCAUGAUGGCAGUGAAGAAGACGUUGAUACAUCAGAGCCCAUGUACGGUUGUGACAUUUGUGGAGCAGCAUACACAAUGGAAACUCUCCUGCAGAAUCAUCAGCUUCGAGACCACAACAUCCGACCUGGAGAAAGUGCUAUAGUUAAGAAGAAGGCAGAGCUGAUUAAAGGGAAUUACAAGUGUAAUGUGUGUUCUCGAACAUUCUUCUCUGAAAAUGGGCUCCGUGAACAUAUGCAGACACACUUGGGACCAGUGAAACAUUAUAUGUGCCCAAUAUGUGGUGAGCGGUUUCCAUCUCUUCUGACUCUUACUGAACAUAAAGUCACACAUAGUAAGAGCCUGGACACUGGAAACUGCAGAAUUUGCAAAAUGCCUCUACAGAGUGAGGAGGAUUUUUUAGAGCAUUGCCAAAUGCACCCUGAUUUGAGAAAUUCCUUAACAGGAUUCCGCUGUGUGGUAUGCAUGCAAACAGUGACUUCUACCUUGGAACUGAAAAUCCAUGGGACAUUUCACAUGCAAAAAACAGGAAAUGGCUCUGCAGUGCAGUCCACAGGGCGUGCACAGCACCUUCAGAAACUGUACAAAUGUGCUUCUUGCCUGAAGGAAUUCCGCUCAAAACAGGAUUUAGUGAAACUUGACAUCAAUGGUCUGCCAUAUGGUCUGUGCGCUGUUUGUGUUAAUCUCAGUAAAAGUGGUAGUCCAAGUGUCAACAUCCCUUCAAGCAGUAACAGACAAGGCUUGAGUCAAAAUGAGAACUUGAGUUCCAUUGAGAACAAAAGCAAGGCAGGGGGACUGAAGACUCGCUGUUCUAGUUGCAAUGUUAAAUUUGAAUCAGAAAGUGAACUACAGAAUCAUAUCCAGUCAAUCCACAGAGAGCUUGUUCCAGACAGCAACAGUACACAGCUGAAAACACCACAAGUAUCUCCAAUGCCCAGAAUCAGCCCUUCUCAAUCUGAUGAGAAGAAGACCUACCAGUGCAUCAAGUGUCAGAUGGUUUUCUACAAUGAAUGGGAUAUCCAAGUUCAUGUUGCAAACCACAUGAUUGUACUCGAAGGUAGAUAUACCUGUACUUCCACCAGUUCCAGAAGUCCCAGACGGGUGGGCAUUACUAACGAAGGAUUGAACCAUGAAUGUAAACUCUGCAAUCAAACAUUUGACUCUCCUGCCAAACUUCAGUGCCACCUGAUAGAACACAGCUUUGAAGGAAUGGGGGGCACCUUCAAAUGUCCAGUCUGCUUUACAGUGUUUGUUCAAGCAAACAAAUUGCAGCAGCAUAUUUUCUCAGCCCAUGGACAAGAAGACAAGAUCUACGACUGCACGCAGUGUCCGCAGAAGUUCUUCUUCCAAACAGAGCUGCAGAAUCAUACAAUGACCCAACAUAGCAGUUAGUGCAAUGCCCAUCUCUUCAGGAGAAUCCUUUGUGGCACAAAAAGGGAACACGUUUUACUCUUUGCACGAAACUUUCAUUGUUAAUGUAUAUUAUUCAGAAACAUUGUAUUGUACCAUAAAACUUGUAUUAUCGAAACUGUUGGAUGUUCAUGUGUUUGAACUUUUGAGCACCGGAUAGACUUCCUGUAUAUAACGUGUUGCACAUGUAUUAUGUUGUCUGAUACUAAAAUGGUCUUAUAAAGACAAGUGGACUUGGGCCCUAUUCAAGAAAGAUAAAAAUAAUAAUGUGUGAGGAAAAAGGCUUAAGAAAAUGUCAUUUUCAAGAAAGAGGGAGAAAAAAUCUCUGUUAUACUACAGCUGUUUGGCCUUCCUUUCAUUUAAACUUAAGUCUAGAAUCUCUCUCUUUUGGUAUACAAACAGAUGAAUCUGAGACUAUUUUUUAUUGCUGAAGAUUCUUGCAAAAAACAUGAAAAGACACUUUCUCACAGAGCAGGAACCCACAGUUGAAUAAGGCCCGUAUAUAUAUUUGUAAGCCUUGCGAUAUGACAGAUAGCAUUACCAUAUAUGCAAUAGUUGUUAUGUAGAUUGUCAAAGAAACUUUUUUUUUCCUGAAUACCAUUUGAAGCUUUGAGUGUUCAAGACUUUCCUUAAUGAUUUCACACAGCCAAAUUCUUGACUCAGUUGAACUAACCUGUAUGUUACUGUUAUUAAUGUUUACUCUGCGGUCUGAACCUGGAGAUUACUGGAAUUGUUUUCCAAGAGGAAAUAAAUUCAGUUUACCAUUA